CAGAAAACUGUGUACACGUAUAAACAGUUUGUGCCGGGAAAAAUCAUAACGACAAGUGGACCAAAUUCGCAGGGAGCAACAGAAAUUCAAAACGAAGAAGAAGAAGAAGAAGCUCGUGUCGUACAGUGAAACAAAUUCAAUUCCCAGAAGGAAACAUGUUUACUAUUUGCAACCCCUCUUCUCUUUCUCGGCAACCGGGUAUCGUGGCUCCGAUUCCGGUAAAACCUAUCAAACACUCUUCGAAUCUCUCUGUCACCAACUCCGCCUCUUCCGGCGAGAGAAUCAGCAGUAGCACCAGGCGAAGAACCAUUUCACCCUUCGAAUCCCGAAUCUCACUCAUCUUCGCCCUCGCUUCUCAAGCCAACUCUCUCUCCCAGCGACUUCUAGCGGACGUGGCUGCCGAGACUGCGAAAUACGUGUUUCCGAAGAGAUUUGAAAGCCGCAAUCUUGAGGAGGCGUUGAUGAGUGUUCCGGACCUUGAGACUGUCGACUUCAAAGUUCUGAGCAGAAUGGACCAGUAUGAGAUUAGGGAAGUCGAGCCUUACUUUGUGGCAGAGACAACAAUGCCUGGGAAGAGUGGGUUUGAUUUCAAUGGUGCUUCUCGUUCCUUUAAUGCUCUAGCUGAGUACCUUUUCGGUAAGAAUACAACUAAGGAGAAGAUGGAGAUGACUACACCUGUUUUCACAAGUAAGAAUCAAUCUGAUGGGGUUAAAAUGGACAUGACAACUCCUGUGUUAACAACAAAGAUGGAAGAUCAAGAUAAUUGGAAAAUGUCUUUUGUCAUGCCAUCAAAGUAUGGUGCUAACUUGCCACUGCCUAAAGAUUCCUCUGUGAGGAUUAAAGAGGUGCCCAGAAAAAUAGUUGCUGUAGUUUCCUUUUCAGGUUUUGUGAAUGAUGAAGAAAUUAAGCAGCGUGAAUUGAAACUACGAGAUGCAUUAAAAAGUGACAGUCAAUUUGAAAUUAAAGAGGGAACUUCAGUAGAAGUUGCACAGUAUAAUCCACCAUUUACUCUUCCAUUUCAACGCCGUAAUGAAAUUGCAUUGGAGGUGGAAUGGAAAAAUAAAUAGGAAUAAUAUUAGCUAGUUUACAAUCUUUGGGUACUUCUGAAUUUCUAUCUUUGUUAUUGCAAGCUGUAAAAGUUAACCCGUUCAAUAUCAUUACUCGGAUUGCAAUACAAGAUCUUUUGUACUCAAUAUUGAUGCAUGUCUUUUAAAA